CCCCGCCACCGCCCCUCCCCUCUUGGUGAAGAGGGGGAGGGCGGGGAGAUCACUGAAGGAGGGAACCCUUUGAGAACACGGCUAUGGCGAUCGACGUUGGUCCCACGCCUCUUGCUGCCUCUGUCAGUACGCAUUCGGACUCACUCGCGUCUUCGUCUUCACAUCGCGAUGCCAACGAAAUCCUUCGCACAAUUUCUGAUGCACUAGCCUAGUCACGUUUGAUGCUUUCUCUUGAGGCUCCGAUUGGCAUUCUGCUUCGGGUCGCAAAUCCAUGGACGUUUGGUGUACCGGGGUGGCGUGGUGCCUUCGUUCCUGUAUCUGGCGAUGCAAUUUUGAUGUUUGGCUAGGUGUGCUUCACAUCCUCACGUCUCUGUUUCGACGAUCCGAGCUCAGGGUUGGAUGUCUUACAAUCCUUGCGUGCGAAAGUGCAGCGUGAUCUCGUGGGAAAAAUUUCCUUAGCACCCGUGCAGGCCCGGAGACUCACCCUGAAGGACCUCACAGGCACAGGAGCACUUUGCGCUGGACUUUGGUUUGCAGCAAAAGGGUUAACACCAUCUUAUGGAAAUAUGGAGACGUGCAUUUGUGAUGCUUAUGCAUUGUGGAUUGUAGAAGCACUUAGACGUUGUAUUGAGACACAUUAAAACGAAUUUAGGCGUUAUAUGCAUUUUAUUUUUGGAGCCGUGCAGCGUCUCUUGAACGUGUAUACAACCUGGCUCCAGCAGUUCCAGAUGUGGCUCUGGGUAGUCUAGCAAGUUAUUGGGAAUUUCUCGAGAUAAUCGUGAAUGGUUUAUUUUGGCCAUAUGAGUGUCAAGGCCUUGGUACUUGCAGGUUGGAAUGGAGGGAUCGUUGGAUUACUUUUAUACACAAUAAAUCAGUAGGGGUAGAGAUGAAGAAAUCGACACUGUGGGGCCAACAGGAGGACGGCUUUCAGAGAUUGUCAGUCUCGGAAUUGAUGCCUUCAGCUCCGUUUGUUUGUCAAGGGAGCUUUUUUAGGUGGAGAUUAUGUGGUGGAACUCACUGUUCUAACCAAAUUUGAUUGAUAAGGGCGCUAAGUAGUGAAGUUUAAAACUUUUCUAAUAGGUUAGGUGCGGAACAUGAAUUUGACUCAUCUGAUCUACACGCCGAGACCCACGGAAAGUGUGCUGAUUCCAGUCUAAUGGAAAGACUAGAACAGAAUAUUUUCUUGAAAUUCUUUUUAGUUAAGUUCAAACUCUUAAGUUCAGAUGUUAGGAAGUAGGUUCAAUAUCGUAAUUAUUGGAUCUUGGUAGAGAACAAUGGCCAAGCACAAUGGGCCAUCAGCUAUGAACAUGCGUGGACAACAUGUGGGUGUCUCUCUUUCUCCACAUCAUCCACAGCAGUAUGGUUCGCAGGUGACUAAUAUUAGCGAGAAUGUUCUUUCUCCGCACUCCCACGCUAGUCCAUCACCUUCAAUAGAUUUGAGCACUUUAUACCCUUCCUUCUCUUCAAACAUCACUUCCGAAUUUACAUCCGCUUUUUUUGAUUCAGAUUCUCAGAACUCGUUUGGCCGGAAUGUGGGUUCAGCCACUCUCAUUUCCCCUUCACAGUCACAGUCUUUACCACCAAAGCCGAUGAUCAAUGGUGGCUUAGUUCCAGCAGAUGAGUGGUCAGGCACAACGAUCGCGGGACCUGGAACACCAAAUACUCAACAGGGACAAGUCCUGCAAUAUUUACAAGGUCAAGGCCCUCCUGGGCAGACAGCAAACCAGACCAAGCAACCACAGUUUGUUUACGAGGGAAGGGUGGCAGCUAAUCCACAAGUCUUGCAGGCAACCAGCAACAACCAAUACCAAGCAGUGAUGAGUACGAGUAAACUUUCUGGAGGUUUUCCAGGGGGAAACCGAGACACGUUGCAGUCGUAUUCAAAUGAGGUAGUUCAAUGUAUCACCCCAAAAUCAUCUCAGGUGCCAAUACGUAGUCCUCAGCAUGCUGUGGAUAUCACUGCGAUGAAGUCUGAAUAUCCUGACAUGAAGCGUGUGAAGACCGAGUUUGGCAUGGAGGGAGUGAAAGCAGAGUAUACACAGGACUCAUUGACCCAAGAAGCUGUGUUAAGGUCCUCUCGAGACUCGGCCUAUCAAGAAGGAAGUUUUCAUGGGCCGAUAUCCUCUAAUCAAUUAUCAGUUUUUGAUGGGGAUUCAACAAACAGUAAUCACUCUGGGCUUGAAGGAGAUACCAAAGUUAAUCGUAGUGCUGCUCAUCAACUGGUUGGGUUGAUGCAGUCGGGAAACUUCCAGGCUGGAGAGAUCAGCAGUCCUCAGUCUGCCUACAGCAACGGACAAGCUUGUGGACUACAAUCUACUCAAAAUCGUGGGCAGCAAGGGCAGAGUCGCGCACAUACAAAUUUUUUAGGAAGUCAAAAAUUUACGCAGCAGAAUAAUUUCCAAAGCCAGCAGUCUCUUCAAUCUCUUCGCAGCUUGGGGUUGAUACAAGGAGGAAACUUCCAAGGUAGUCUGCAAUCUCUAGGUGGAGUACCACAACAAUCUAGUUUUGCAGGACAGAGUAAUGCGAAUCAUUUGGCUCAUUUUCAGCGUUCUCCUUCUCAACAGUCUCUUCUGCAAAUCACAUCAUCGAAUCCACUGUCACCCUAUCAAGCUCAGAAAAACACUACAUGUGCACAGCACGUUCAAGCUCAUGUUCAGGCCCAGGCUCAAGCUCAACCUCAGGCUCAUGCGCAUGCUCAAGCACAAGCUCAAGCUCAGGCUCAAGUUCAAGUUCAAGUUCAAGCACAAGCUCAGGCUCAGGUCCAGGCUCAAGAAAUGUCACAGGCGCACGCACAGGCGCAAGCAGCAAACCAGCAAGCGGCUCUGCAACACGCAGUAGCUAAUCAAGCUGCUAUUAUUCAAGCUCGACACGCACAAGGGGUUGGUUCUCAGCAGCAGCUCUUAUUGCAGCAACAGCGGUUUCAGUCAGGCCAAACACAAGCAUUUCAAGUGGCAAGUGGUUUGCCAUUAACUGGAGCUGGACAACAAAUGAUCACUCGUAUGCAGCCUGGAAUGCAGAAUCAGUUGUUACAGGGGCUUAAACUUAGCAACCCGCACCUAAUUCAAGGUUCAGGAUUAAAAUGCGAGAACAUGGGCAAUGGAUACAGAAGUCGUAUGCCACCAGCCAUUGUUUCAGAAUGUAAUCAUACAAUCGUGUCGUACAUUCAAGAGCAAAGAAAACGUCCCCCUGAUAACAAUAUCACGUUUUGGCGAGGACUUGUACACACCUUUUUUGAACCUGGAGCUUUAAAGCGCUGGUGCUUAAGCAGUUUCAAUACUUCUCCUGUCGGUCGGCAUGCCCAGGGUCUUUUCCCCAUGGAGUUUUGGUUCUGUAAUCUAUGUGGGGUGCAACCAGGACGAGGUUUCGAAUCUUGCACAGAUGUUCUGCCUCGGCUAUUCAAAAUUAAAUAUGACAGUGGUCUGCUGGACGAGCUUCUAUUUCUUGAUCUGGCUGAAGAAUAUGUUUUACCCUCUGGAAAAAUGGUUCUGGUGUACUUCGGCGCAGUGCACGAAUCAAUAUUUGCUGAAUUGAGGGUGAUCAGAUAUGGAACGCUUCGAGUGACGUUUAGUCCUUCAUACAAAAUCCAAGCUUGGGAGUUUUGCACAAAAAGUCAUGAAGAAUUAGUGCCGUACAAGAAUCUUCAAGAGCAGGCCCAGCAGCUAGACAACCUGGUAAUGGAGGCUGAACAAGAAGACUUCAACAAAAGCGUGGAAAAUUUGACUAAACACUGCAAUGCGUUCAUGACCACAGCAAGGCAACUGGCUGUAAAGCUGGACGCACCCAUUGUUAAUGAUCUUGGCUUCUCAAAACGAUAUGUUCGAUGCUUACAGAUUUCUGAGGUUGUUAACAGCAUGAAAGACUUGAUUUCAUACGAGAAGAAGUCUGGCCUUGGACCUAUACAGAGCCUAGUAGAGUUUCCAAGUGCUCGGAAAUUGCAGCAACAAGGUUUGCUUACAAAUCAUCCUAAUCAACCCUCACUGACGACCCUAAUAAAUCAUUUCACUCAAGGCACCCCUUGGCAGUCUUACUUGCAACAACAGGGGCAAGUAAACAUACAUUUUGGUGGGCAGGUAACAAUAGGAAAUGGACAACAAGGAGUUUCUCAUUUACAAGGUCACCUCCUCAGUCAGCUCCAACCUGGUCCUGCUCAAGGUCAGAGAUACCCAAAUACAUCAAAAAUGGCACAGACUUCAAACAACAUACAGUCACAGCUUCGGGGUCAAAUGGAUGCUCGGAACUUUGGCUUGGUACAGGCAGGACAAGCGUAUAAUAAUCAGAUGCAGCCACCCGGACCCCUGCCCUUGCCUGGGAUUACGCAGACUCACUUCGGAAAUCUUAUUCCCUGCAAUGGGUUGCCUGGUCAAUUACAGACUAAUAUGGUAUCGCAGGGUCUUACUCAACAAGGUCAGGCUGCUCACCCGGGUUGUGCUGUUGGUAGUGCUCAGUCUUUUCCUGGAAAUCAAGCAAAUGUGCAACUUAACCAUGCGCAAGAACUCUCUCAACUCCAGGGGCACUCAACAAUAAGCCAAGUUCCGUCUUCUGGGCUGAGCGGAAGCCACACCGCUUCACCUGUCUUCAAUCAGCUGUCGCAUUCAAAAUCAUUCCCAACAAUUUCGAAGCAACUUACCUCCCAACCAACAGGUCUGGUGCACUCGCAGUCGCAUAAUUCCCUCAACCAGCCGAUGGUGAAUGGGGGUCAGCAGAGCUUACCUGGUACUCCGCAAAGCGAAAUUAGUGACCUAAGGUCAAAUGCAUAGAUAGAUUCCUUCGUCGGCUUUGACUUCUUUUUUUGGUCUUAAAAUCUUGGUUGCCCCCUCCAUUUAUGCGGUGUGUAUAGUAAGAGGGGUUUUUGGGCUUUGAUAGGAGCUUACGUUUCUCAGAUGUUCUCCGACCAUGUUAUGUAGGUAGAUUCAGAGUGAUUUCCUAGUGGAACGAGCCAACAUCUUGGGUUGAUGUUGAAGGAUAUCCAAGCAUCUGGAUUUGGACCAGUGUAUUUUGUAUCAAAAUAUGUUUAGAGACAUCAUUCGAGGGAUAGGAUCACUUGACGAGGUGAAGGUUUAAGCUUUUAGUAGUAUCUGCAAUAUGUUAGAGUUCAAAUUGAAGCGAGGAACAAGAAAUAUUUAGCUUUUGGAACAGCGAUCCUGGAGGAAUUUCGCUGAUGUUCACAAGUUUAAGAGUUGGAUACUGUUGUGUAGAGAAACAGUGGGUCUUCUGCGAGGCUCCAUGUAAAAUAUCUGAAAGAUGAUCUCUCAUACCCUCCA